AUGGCAAAAGGGAUUUCUUUUUGCAUUUGCUUGCUCUUUACGUGUUCACUUGGAUUCAAGUAUUUCCAAUCGAAAAUACCAAAUGGGGACUCUGUACCACAUCCUUGUAAACCGAAUUAUCUCUGGCACGGAGUAGGUCACAGGAACGAAUUAGGGGGCGGAUCAAGGAAUCCAUUUGGCGAGGAUUUUGAUGCUGCUGGGAAGAUUUGGACGCAGGAGUUGUGUCGGAAGGACUCGGACGGUGACGGUAAAACCAAUGGAGAGGAACUUGGCGACCCGAACUGCGUAUGGAGGGAAAACGCUAUUCCUGAUAAAAACGCAUUUUCUCAUCCUGGUGUCUGCGAACCAUACAACAGCGACCUCUGUCGGCCGAAGAACACAUGGGUACAGUGUGAGUUGGAGACUUUCAAAUGUGACGCCAUCAACCAGCCAGAUGUAAAGAGCAAAACAUUGAGGUAUCCUCAAACCAAAGUACCCAAUCUAGAAACAAAUUACUUCUGUAUGACCCUUGAACUUCCUAAUGAUGGCGACUAUCAUCUUAUUGCAACAACACCAUACAUUGACAAUGAAUACGUCAUGCAUCAUAUUCUUCUGUUUGGAUGCGAAGAUUCAGUCACUCAAGGGACAGUACCUACAGAAUGUGGAAUGGGAUCAGACAAAUGCCGUACAAUCAUUGGGGCUUGGGCCGUGGGGGGCAACGGAGAGUGUUCACACAAAGAUGUAGGAUUCCGGAUAGGUCAAAAAGGAUUCAAAUUUGCCAUGAUGCAGUUUCAUUGGAAUAAUCCCGAACUGCGUGCAGACUACGUAGACAGUUCUGGUAUGACGCUGUACUUCACUCCCAACAGACGACCAAACGACGCCGCCAUUAUGAUGGUCGGACAGGAGUAUCUGGAAAUUCCACCCGGGAAGGAUCGCGUGGAAGUGGACGCCGUUUGUUCCGCACAGGACACCAGAAUAAUUUUUACUGGUCCUGUUUACAUCACAAAGGCUUUCAACCACAUGCACUACUUAGGCCGAGAAGAAUACAUCGACCAGUACAGGAAUGGGGUCAAAAUUAAAACCCUGACUAACGAACCCGACUACAGCUACGAUCGACCCCGAUUUUUAGAGUACGAUUCAUCUAUAGAAGUUUUGCCAGGGGAUGAACUCAGAACAAAAUGCGUGUUUAAAUCAUCGUCAAAAUCCUUUACUACAUUCCAAGGCGAUGCUACUUCCGAUGAGAUGUGCUACGGUUUUCUCACCGUUCACCCAAUAACAAACAUUAGAGUUCCGUACUGCGUAAGCUGGAAUGGUAUUUCUUUAAUAAAAUUAUACUCAAAUCAGGUCAUUAAUGGCUGUGAUAGAACCGUUUUCUCAAACACCUCCCAUCCUGACAUGGUGGAAAUCUACCGUAAGAUCGAUGAACGCUGUCUUCCAUUAUCUAAGUGUUUAGAAGAAUGCAAGGAAGUUGUCAAGGAAAUCAAACUCCAUCCUUGUAUGCAGGGUGAUAUUGGGGAGUCGAUGAAAUGGUUUGCACGGCUGUCGAAAAAUGUUGAUGUGCUUACAUUUUAUUCGAAGAUUGAGUCAUGUGACCUUGAGAUUCUGCGAGAGGACAUGAUAAACCAGAUGAGAAGAGAAACAAAUGGCGGAUCUAACAUUUUUCCACAUAUUUUGACGGUGGUGUCAGUGCUGAUAUUCAUAUUCUUUUAA